GUGGCGACAGCAGAUGUGUCUGCGGGUGACUCGCAUCUCUAUCCUAUGCUUGACUUGGGAACGUGUGUUGCUGCCACAGGAGCAGCGCGCCUUCGUUCCACUGUCGCCUGCUUUGAGUGAGCCCUGCUCUAAAUUCCCCUUCUUGGCCCGGUUUACAGCUGCGGUGUCCGCUGUCUUGAUCCCCCCCUUUAUCGCACUCCGAAUUCGGUGGAGGGGGAAGACGACAAAGACAAGGAGACAUUUUCCAGGCGCGACAGCCUUUUCGGUUGCUUAUCCUCUGCGAAAGAUUUGGCUUUGAAGUGUUGGGCUGGUGCAACUGGUGUUGUUCCCCGAGCUCGGAGAGUUUUGGAACUUCGAGCGGCGGUGUUGCAGGGGAAAAGAAAGGGUGAAAAGCUUUACGCUGUUCCGGAAGAGAUUUCUCCUGUCUGUCUCCUUGGGUACAGGCCAUUGUUUCGUAAGAUUUGGUCACUCUCUUUCCAUUCUUGGUCCACUAGAGAAGAUAGGCAUGGAAGAAGGUCGCAGAGGAGGAGUAUGUCCUCAGCUGCUUGAUUUGAUGCCAAACAAAAGAGAUUGGAUAGUGAAGGAUGAUGGGAGAGGAGGGGAAAUGAAAGCUUCACAGCUAGAGGUGGAGAGUUUGGAGCUGAGACUUGGCCUCCCUGCAACUGAAGAAGAAAAAGACCCCUCUGUUCUCUCUCUUGCUCUCUUUUACAAGUCCUCCAAAACCACCACCACCAACAACAACAACAACAAGAACCACCACUGUGCUGGAUCCAAAAGGGGUUUCUUUGGCACAUUUGAGUCCAGAACAGAAGGACCUCAGCAGCAGAAGACAAGUGGGGCAAAUCUAAAAGAUGAGCUGCCUCAGAGCCAAGAGAGAAAGGCAGCACAUGAGGCCCCUGAAAAUGCAUCUGCGGCAAACAUGAACUCUCAGACAAGAGCUGCAUCUGUUCCUCUGGUUGGUUGGCCUCCUAUCCGCACCUUCAGAAAGAAUUUCGCUACCGGCUCAUCCAAGCCGUCUCCUGAACCACAGAGUGGGGAUUUGCAGUCCAAAGUGAAGCUUGAGGACUGCAAGAAGGGCUUGUUUGUGAAAAUUAACAUGGAAGGCAUUCCAAUUGGCAGAAAAAUAGACCUGUCAACCUAUAACAGCUACGAGAAGCUCUCUCUAGCUGUGGAGGAACACUUUCGAGAUCUUCUAGCAGCUCAAAAGGAUCCUUCUACUGCUGAUACUUUGAAGGAUGGAGAAAAACAAGUAUUUACAGGCUUAUUAGAUGGUACUGGUGAAUAUUCACUGAUCUAUGAAGAUAAUGAAGGAGAUAGGAUGCUUGUUGGAGAUGUACCUUGGGACAUGUUUGUUUCGAUGGCUAAAAGGCUGAGGGUGAUCAAGAGCACCGAUCUUUCUGUAAUACGUGUUCAGGACCAGUAUGCAGGAAAAGAACAGCAACAGAGUGUUGAAUUAUAUUAGGAGAAGACAUUCCCUGUUCAGGCUUUCAUCUAAUGCUUCUUUCUUCUAUGUGCAAUGUAUGGGUUGGUGGAUGCAACCUGAGUGUUUUUCUCAUACUUUUUGGUUCAACUUGAGUUCAAAUUCCUCCUAAUUUUCCCCCUUAUUGGGGUUGUGGAAUUCGUGCUUUUGAACGAUAUAUAUAAUAAUGUGUAAACUCAUGAUAUCCAACCGCCUGCUUAUUUGCAUA